AUGCCAGUCAAGAACGCGUUCGCCUUCACCUUCAGCCAACCUUUCCGGACAGCCAGCGACUUUGUGCCGCGCGAACACGCCCUGCCACGCAUCGAAGCAGAGAGGCCGAUUUUUGUGGACAACAAGUCGGAUCGCGCUCUCACGUUUGGCCAGAUCUCCAAGGAUGCCCUCGCCGUGGCUGCCGGGCUACUGCGCCUGGGUCUCGAUCCCAACGACGUCGUCAAGUUACCGCCGACACCAUCAUGCCCCGCGGGCCCCGAGAUCGCCCCCGUCGUGUUGAUCCAACUGCCCAACUGUCUUCCCUUCGCUCCGAUAUUCUUCGGCACCCUGGCAUCCGGCUUGACGGCCACCCUCGUCUCACCAGCCCUGACUAGCGACGAGAUCGCCUGGAUCCUCCAGAAUGCCCGCCCUCGCGCCAUCAUCACCGCUACCGCCUGCCUCCCGGCCAUGAAAGAUGCCAUCACCAAGCAGACCGACGCCUCCUUCUUCUCGACCGUCCCCAUCUUCACCGUCGACGCCGUAGCCGACGUAUACCCCUCGGCACAACCCACCCCACCCCCGCCCUCCGACUGGCGCACCCUCCUUUCUCCAACAACCCCGCCAACAAAGCCACCAGUAAACACCGCUACCGUCUUCCCGCCCUCCCACGCCCCCGCCCGCACCGCCGUCAUCCUCUGGUCCUCGGGCACCUCGGGCCGCUCCAAGGGCGUCCUCCUCUCCCACCACGCGCUCAACUUCUCCAUCGCCUCUCUCUGGCACGAUGCCGACUACUACGGCGCCAAACCCCAGCGCCAGGUCUGGCUGGGCUAUGUACCAUUCUACCACGUCUUCGGGUUGUGCAACGUCCUGCUCCUGGCCGUUGCCACGGGGAGCACCGUGUACACGAUGCAGAGCUUCAACCUCGAGGUCGUAGUCAAGGCGAUCCGGGACCGCGGCGUGACCUACAUGCACAUGGCCCCGCCCGUCGCCGUGAUGCUGGCCAAGGCUACCGUGGUGGAGCCCUACGCGAAGAACGGGGGGUUCAAGACCGUCGUGGCGGGCGUUACCGGCGGUGCGCCGCUCGGCCAUGAGGUUGUCGAGGAGGUGUACAAACGAUGCGGGUUCCGCGUGCGGCUGGGCUACGGCCUGAGCGAGACGUGCAGCACCUCGUUGCAGCGGGGGUGUGGGGAGCGUGAGAUGCGCGAGCAUGCGGGGGAUACGGGCCGGCCGCACUGGGGCGUCGAGGUCAUGAUCGCGAGCGGGGAAGGGUAUGCGAAACGGGCCGGGGAGAAGACCCCCGUUGCGGCGGUGGAUGUGGAGGGGGAGGUGCUGAUCAGGGCUGCCGGCCUGCUCUCGGCGUACUUGCCAGUCGGGGUGUUCUCGGGGAAUUCGCCGGACAUGUCGGUUACCGAAGACGCCCUGACGGCUGACGGGUGGUUCCGGACGGGGGAUGUGGGUGCGCUGAACGCCGAUGGCAGGUUGCGCAUCACCGACCGGCUGAAGGAGCUGAUCAAGGUGCGCGCGUACCAGGUCGCUCCCGCGGAGCUGGAGGCCGUGUUGUGCAGCAGUGAGGCGGUCGCUGACGCGGGCGUCAUCGGCAUCUACGACAAGAGCGAGGCGACCGAGUGGCCGCGCGCCUUCGUGGUGCCCCGGGCCGGCAGAAAGGGCAUGUCGAAGGCUGAUUUGGACCAGCUGGCCGGCCAGCUCAAGGCACUGGUCGAGAAGCGUACGGCGAAGUAUAAAUGGCUGAUCGGGGGCAUCGUGUUUGUCGAUCAGAUCCCCAAGAGCCCGAGCGGCAAGAUUUUGAGGAGGGUGUUGAAGAACGGCGGUAAAGAAACCGAAGGAGUCGAGGUGCAGUUGUAUGUGAAGAAGAAGCGGGAUUCUAAGCUGUGA